UUUUUUCCAGUGAGCGGCUCAUUCCUUGGACGAGCAGCAGUGUUAUUUCUGACAUCCUAGUGCGACGGUCGACUUUGAAUCUUUGAAGAGUCGAGUUUGUCAAAGCUCUUGAUAAAUUUCAAGAUUAAAACUACUUUAUACCAGGUUCACAAUAAUAUCCAGUGGUGAAUGAUGAUGGCUUUAUAAAAACAACCGUUGCAAUAUCCAGUUCUCGAUCUAGAGAAGAGAGACCUAUUUCGAAGGAGGAAUAUUGAUCGUUGCUAGGCAAGGAGGAGUUCAGAGAAAUGUUCGAGCUAUUCAGAGACAACCAGAGCGCUAUCGACGAAUUCCUGAGAAACAGAACACGAUGGUUACCCACGCGAAUUUCUUUGGCCAUCAUGGCCUGGUUCGGCUUCGUCAACCUGUAUAUGGUCAGGAUCAACUUGUCAGUUGCAAUCGUGGCGAUGGUUAGGAGGAACACCACCAGUGGCGUUGCUGUCGCAUGUGAAUCUUCCCUUGGGGAGAGCGUCUCUGUAUCCCUGCAUAAUGCAGAUAAUGAUACAUCGGAAUACGUGUUGUCACAAGGAACUUAUCAAUUAUCUACAGCCAUCCCAACUGCACUAGAUGAGGAUGGUGAAAUGCUUUGGGACGAAACGACUCAGGGUCUGGUCCUCGGAGCUUUCUUCUACGGCUAUUCCCUGACGCAGAUUGCAGGAGGUAGAAUGGCGGAGCUCUACGGAACGAAGAUUGUCUUCGGACUCUGCAUCCUGGCCGGUGGAAUUUGCGCGAUCUUGUCCCCCGUGAUGGCUAGGGCGCAUUAUGGUGCCCUGAUUGGGUUACGUGUCGUCCAGGGAAUGUUCCAGGGAGUCUCUUGGCCGUCCAUGCACGCCUGCAUAUCUCGAUGGAUUCCUCCGAUAGAGCGGCCGAGAUUUAUAGCCAUCGUCUACCUCGCAAGCACUUUGAGCGCUGCCAUGACACUUCCUCUGUGCGGGAUCAUCAUCGACAACCACGGCUGGGCCUCCCAAUUUUACGUGAUGGGGGCUCUCUCUCUCCUGUGGUGCUGCUUCUGGUUCGCUUUCAUGUACGAUUCGCCCGAUGAACAUCCAAGAAUAAGCGACGACGAACUCAAGUACAUACAAACAGCGCUCCGGGAGAGCGGGACCAACGGUAACCCGUCCAGGAGAAUUCCCUGGAAGAAGAUGUUCACGAAUCUACCCGUCUGGGCCAUCUUGUUCGCCUGCACGGGGAACGGAUGGGGCAUCUCCCUCCUCUUCGCCCAGCUGCCCACCUACAUGAAAAACGUUCUUGGGUUCUCCAUCCGGAGUAACGGGGCCUUAUCAGCAGUUCCCUUCUUCUGCCGUUACAUCGGGGGGAUUACCUGGAGCUCUCUGGCAGCUUGGUUGAUCACUCGGGAACAUAUUUCGCUCAGGACGUCCAGGAGGGUCUUCGGUGCAAUCUCCCUGUGGGGUCCAGCUGCCAUGAUUUUGGGAGUGUCCUUCGCGGGGUGUGAUGCCAAGCUUGCCAUCAUCCUGCUUUGUCUGGCACUGUUCCUAAAUGGUGCCACAACCACUAGCGGCCUCGUCAACCACACAGACAUUGCGCCGAAUUUUGCUGGAACUCUUCUAGGACUGGACAGCACUGUGGGAGGCAUUAUAUCCUUCGUCGUGCCAAUUGUGACAGGCGUAAUGACGGAAGGACAACAAUCUCUCGAGGCCUGGCAAAGAGUAUUUUGGAUCUGCGUCCCAAUAUACUUCAUCAGUGCCAUAUUCUUCUUGAUAUUCGUCUCGACCGACGUCCAGCCAUGGAAUGACUUGGGAAAUUCGGUUAAAUCCAAUUCCCCUGCGCCCAAGAAGGACGCUCCAUCCGGCCGGGGUGAUGUUCCCCUGGAAUCCAGGUAGAAAAAGUCACAGGAGAAACUCCCCCUACAUCUAAAGGCGAGUUUACACUAGGCUUCACCCCACGCUGCAUGCAUAAGACUCAUCACCAACUUCCUCCCAAAUUCUUGAUAGCCCCGCCUAUUGGACACCCAUCAAGAGUCACGCCACACCACCAACUCACCCUACUGAGCAGUUCAGUAGGUCGGGCUAACACCAUCAACUCCUCCCAAAUACUGGACUGCUCAUCAAGAGUCACACCACACCACCAAAUCACCCUACUGAACAGUCCAGUAGGCGGGGCUAACAAGACUUUGAGAGGAGUUGGUGAUGAGUCUUAUGCAUGCAGCCGGGGGUGAAGCCUAGUGUAGACUCACCUUAAGAAGGACACUUCAUCCGACCGCGGUGAUGUUUCGCAGGAAUCCAGGUAAAGGAUCACAGAAAAAGUCACAUUAAUCUUGCCUUGAUAGUAUAAAGGGUUUUAACCCGGUAUGUAUCCACCUUUGCAGAGGCGUGUUUAGUACACGCCUGUUGGGGCUGACUGUGACACCAUAAACAAAAGACUGUAAACAUCAUAAAUAUAAUAACCCCCACAAGAAGCAUUAGCCCUAAAUGACGACCGCUGAAAACCCUUGGGGUCACGAUCUAGGUAAGAUCCAAAAUAUUUUCUAUUUAAUUACUUUAUUUGCUUUCAUUGGCACCAUAAAUCAAUGUGACUUUUUUCAUUUGACUUUUUUCCUGUGACUUUUUUUCCGGUGACUUUUUUCCCGUGUGACUUUAUUACCUGCCCCCAUUUCCCUGGGGUAAGGGUCCUCUUGAAUCUGAACCGAAUUGUAUCUCUAUUUGUAUUGCCUCGUGAUACGAAUAUAAACGUAUUUUCGCUUACUCGGGAAGUAAGCCUACAAAUUACUUUCUUGUUGAUGUUGUUGGGGGCAGGGGGCCGGGGUUAGGAAAGCCUAAAGAAGUGUCUGUAAAAGGUAUUUCGUGUUGAGUUCAAUAUACAAGAAUUUUAGGAUAGGAUAUUUAUGAUUUGUUUAUUAGAAUGGAAAUGUAAAAAAAAAUAAAUGAUGUUUAUAUUAAAUAGUACAGAAAAUUUAAA